AUGAAGAAGAUCCUAAACAAACUAAACGGCUACAAGCGACACGAAGAAAUCGAACAAGAGAUGAGCCAUGUUGUUUGGAACUCGUUCACAAAAGUCGCAUUCGACAUAAACUGGAACGAUUUCCUCACAAAGUACGGCCUCGGAGGCAACAAGUGGCUCUCAGAUUUCGGUUUAUCACAGCUCACCGGUUCGGUUCAUUUUGCAAAGCUGUACAAGGGUCGGCAUAUUUGGAUUCCACAAGCAGAGAGAAAAGAGAGAAAAUUCGACGCUGCAUAUUUUCACACCGUGAUAUCAUGCGCAACAAAAUCAGCAAUAGAGAUGGAGUUUCAGCACGUGUAUACCCACGAGAAGUUCAGGGAAGUUAAAGGACAAUUCAUAGAAAAGGUUUCUAACUCAACAUUCAACAAGUUUUUCUUCACCUACGAUGCAGUAUCACGAGAGGUAAAGUGUCAAUGCUUGCGGUUCGAGUCAAGGGGCAUACUGUGUUGCCAUUCUCUGAGCGUCCUAAGCUUCGAGCGAGUAGAUAACGUGGCACCAAAAUACAUACUGGAGCGCUGGAGCAAGAACAUAAAGAGGAGGCACACACACAUCAAGAUCAGCCAAGACGAGCCUCUACUGGAGCCGAGAAGCAAGAGAUUCGACGAUUUGGUGUUUCAAUCCCACAAUAUCUACAAAUUUUCCUCAGAGUUCGAGGAGCUGACCGGAAUUCUGCACCGUGCCUUUGACAAUGUCAUGGCCGAAAUGCAAGAAUAUCAAGCGAGAAGUAAAGGGAAAAGUUUGUUAUCCUACGAAGAAGCGACGUUGAGCGACGUGAACAACCUUCAAAGCCCUCCACGUGUCAGAAUAAGAGGCCAGCCAAAGAACAGACUUGGAUCAAACCUGAAAAAAAAGAUCUCAAAUGCCACGAAGAAAAAGAAAAGGACAGCUCCAAGCGAGUUGAACCUUUUAGACGGCGGAUCAACAAUUCAGUCAAGCUGCAGCCUUUACAAUGCACUGGAUAUGAAUUAUCCCAGAGAGGAUUAUACGAGUUUUAGUUUUUAUUAA